AUGAACAAUAACAUCAACAAUUAUUUGUUAAAUUAGAAUGAUUAAUAAUAAUACAUAAACCCAUAGUCAUUCGAAACAUAAAAUGGAUAAACUUAGAAAAUGAAUUAAUUUUAAAGUAUUUAACUUAAUAUAUUCUUAGAUUAAGGGGUAUUUUAGGAUCAGUAAAUAAGAGUUUAAUUUUUCAAGAACUUAUAUUGUUUUUUAUUUUUCGAGUUUCUUUUUAAUCUGGUAAUGAUAGCUUUAGGAAUUUACACAGAUAUGAUAUUUUGGCUACUCAGACUUUAUGAAAUAUGUUAUUACGAUGAAGAAAAUUAUUAAUAUUGCUUUUAUGGUGUUGAGCCAUCAUGGUUAUUCUAUGUUUCUUUAUUUAUUUCAUUAAUAUUGUAAUUUAUGCUAUACUUCAAAGGAAAUUUAGUAAGAAAUGUAAGGUAAUAAAAUUAAACAAUAGGCUCCUGUAAAUUACAUAGUGUUAAUUUUGUAAAUAGUUUUCUUUGGAUUUACAUUUACAACAAUAAACAUUUUUUGGGCAUUGAGAUUAUUACCAAUAGCUGUUUGGAUAACUUGGGGAGGUACUUUUCUAAUAAUAGGGGUAUUUACAAUCUUAGCAUUUUUAUAAAAAAGAGAGAUUUCUUGGCAAGGUUAAAAUUAUUCCAUAUUUUAUAGUUGGUGCCAUUGUAAUUCUUGGAAUAUCCUUAACCUUAUUUAUUAUUUGGAUAUUUACAUUUCAUUAUUACCCUUUAUGGGCUAAAUUUUUAAGUUUAGUAGUCAUUUUAAUUUAUGGAUUUUAUUUGAUAUUGGAAACAAGAUUAAUGAUGAGCUAAGGAGUAAAAAUUUAUUAAAUAUAUUAAGAGAUUUAAUUUGUAUACAAAUGAUUACUUGAUUGGAUCUUUGUUGCUUAAUGGUCUGAUGUUAUAACCAUUAGUAAGAAUAUUUGAAAUUUUAUCUAAUGCUUUUGGAAAUAGAAGUAUGUGA